AUGUCGGACCCUCUCCUUUUGAACAGCGCUGAUGGCCAUGUGCCGGCGUCGAAGCGAAUUCCCGUGAUAGCGUGCCCGUUUACGAGCUCGCGGGCACAAAAGACUUUGGAUCUGGUCGAAAAGUUUGUGGAAGAAGAAUGUAUUCCUGCCGAUGCCAUCUUUUCUCAACAGCUCGGCGAAGGUGUCGCCUCUCGCUUCAACACCCAGCCACGAGUCCUUGAGGAUCUGAAAACGAAGGCAAAGAAUCUCGGUCUCUGGAACAUGUUCCUGCCCAAGCGAAUCUCCUCAGACCUAGGCGCCGGCUUCAGCAAUCUGGAGUAUGGUGUGAUGGCAGAGUAUCUGGGAAAGUCUGUCAUCGCAAGUGAGGCGACAAAUUGCGCUGCGCCGGACACGGGCAAUAGGAAGUCAUGGCAAGAUAUGGCACAGAAGAUCAGAAGAGGCGAUGGCUAG